AGAUCUCCAAACGAAGACGCAGAAGACGCAGAAGCUCCUACCGACCAACCACUGAGAAAUUAAACCAUGGCUACGCUUGUUGCCCCUACCGACCAUUCUCCAAACGAAGACGCAGAAGCUCUUCGAAAAGCUGUCAAAGGAUGGGGGACUAAUGAGAAGGGGAUUAUAGCAGUGUUGGGUCACAGAAAUGCUCAUCAGAGGCAGCAAAUCAGAGAAGCCUAUCAACAACUCUACCAUGAAGAUCUCCUCAAACGCCUCGAAUCCGAGCUCUCCGGCGACUUCGAGAAAGCAGUGUAUCGGUGGAUAUUGGGGCCAGCAGAUAGAGAGGCAGUGUUGUGUAACGUGGCGAUAAAGAAACGGAAGAACGUGGAUUACAACGUGAUUGUGGAAAUCGCUUCUGUUCACUCGCCGGAAGAGUUGUUGGUGGUGAGAAGAGCCUAUCACAGUCGAUACAAGUCUUCUUUGGAAGAAGACGUCGCUGCUUUUACCUCUGGCCAUCUUCGUCAGCUACUGGUGGGGUUGGUGAGCUCAUAUAGGCAUGGAGGAGAUGAGAUAAAUGGAAAAUUGGCAGAAAGUGAAGCAGAAAUUCUGCAUGAUACCAUCAAAAGCAAUAAAGCUAACUAUGAAGAAGUCAUAAGGAUCAUCACCACCAGAUCCAAAACUCAACUUGUCGCCACUUUUAAUCGCUAUAGAGACCUCCAUGCCACUUCCAUCUCCAAGAAACUGUUGGAUGAAGCAUCAGAUGACUUCAGCAAGGCAUUGCACACAGCAAUUCGUUGCAUCAAUGAUCGUCACAAGUACUAUGAAAAGGCUUUGAGGAAUGCAAUCAAAAGAAUUGGAAGUGAUCAUGAAGAUGCAGUGACUCGUGUGGUGGUGACAAGAGCUGAGAGAGACCUAAAGGACAUCAAAGAGCUUUAUUACAAGAGAAACAGUGUCCAUCUUGAGCAUGCAAUCUCCAAAGAACAUUCUGGCGACUACAAGAAAUUCCUCCUCACCCUCUUAGGUCAAAACAAUUAACCGCCGGAUUCGAUCGUUGUUGAAAAUAAAUGAAAUGGACUGGGUUGAUAGAUAAUAAAAUGGACUAAAUAAGAUUAUCAAUUGAUAGGGGUAACAAUGACAAAAAGGUGAGAAUUAUCACUCUAAUACUCUCAUACAUGUCUCUGUCAUUUCCAACUCUCUAUCAAUCUACCUUAUUUUACUCAAUUCUUUCUCUACCAACCCGGCCAUUCUAUUCCUUUUCAACAACCAAACAGGUUCUAAGUGAUUAAAUCAUGUAUUAAGACAAGAAUUUUUCACCGAUGUACUGUUUCUAAAAGGUAUCUACACAUGAGUUUGAGUCUUAUGUUUGUUAGGGUGUUCUCUUUAAUUUGUUUAUUUGACAGUUUCAGAGUGUAUGUCUUGGUCUAGCUAUGUCAACUUUAAUGACCUCCUUCAAUGUUUAUUAAUAAUGGAGUAUCCACUAAUUACUUGGCC